AUGCGUCGUCUGUUGUGCACUGCGCUGUUCUUGCUGUGUUGUGCCUACGGGUGCAUUGCAGCUGUUGUGCAGCCGCUACCGCAGAGAGGACAGGGUCCCUGGGAUACGUACACCCUCUCUGUUACUGAUUCUGAGAAGAAAAAAGAUUUUAAACCCAUUCGUUUUGCUGUUUCUGCUAAAGAAAUUGAUAGGGUGUUGAAGUAUUGUAAACAAUCUGAUGUGGAUUUGGAUGAAGAUCAGGAAGAAGAGUAUGAUGCUGAAUAUGAUGAUACAAAAGAAUAUGGAUUUCCACUUGAUCCCGAGGAAAUCAACGAGUUUUGCGAAGGACAAAACGAGGUAAAACUGUAUGUGAGAAAAACGCUUUUAAGAGACGUUCUUCCUGCUGCUCUCAAACUACACAGUGAACGUCUCCGUGUUGAGCAGGUGCACGGCAAGUUGAUUUUGCCUUUUGUUAGGGAGAAAGAGUAUCCAUACUUGUCAGAGUGCCCAAAUGUCUCAAUUCCAAAAGAGCAUCGAGAUGGUAUUCCCGAUGCUGAUUUUAUGUUGUAUGUGGGUCUUAUACCAUCAGCUGACUCAACUAACAGCGUGAAGAUUUGCUCUUACAACGACCAGAAACGCCCUACAUCUGCUUUGAUUAAAUUUGUUCCCAAAGAAAUUGUUGAUACAAGGCACUUCAUUCGCUUGACUGCACAUGAGGUUGCACAUGCUCUUGGGUUUGAUAUUGAAACGAUGAAGGAGCAUAAGGUGAUUGUGGAAGAAAACACAGGGAAGAAAGUCCUUUUGGUCGAAUCCAAUGAUGUGAUCGAGAAAAUGAAAGCACAGUAUGCUUGCGCUAACGAUAAUGAAAUAAAGAGUCUGGUUUUUGAAAAUGACCGCGGUGAAGCUGAUCCGUUACACUGGAAACGCCUUAUUGCGAAGGAUGAGUUGAUGAGUACGUACAGUAGCAGCAGCAAUGGAAUGUUCUACACCGCACUGACACUUUCUGUAUUUGAUUCUAUGCCAUUCUACAAGGCCAAUUUUAAAAUGGCUGAAAAUAUGAGUUGGGGAAAGGAUGCUGGUUGUGAUUUUCUGAAGGGUGGAAACAAAGAAGAAUACAAACAAACAAAAUCCUCCAAGUACUCUGAAAUGUUCUGCGAUGAAGUAAAUCCUGCUCUGCAAUGCACUUCUGACCGUUUUUCACUUGGAAUGUGCUCGAUGAAGCCAUCUGGGGUUGAGAUUCCUGAUGACUAUGCGAUGUAUUUUGGCACAGUUCUCUAUAACUCCGAUAAUGACCUGAUGGAUGGUUAUCACAUUAUUAAACCGAUUCCUAAGACAAAUUGUGAGGAGGAUGAGUUCAAACUGAUUCCUGGCAGUAUUCUGAGCAAUAUCUCUCGAUGUCUGAAAGGUGAGAAUCUGAAACUGAAAGAACCAGAUGGUAAACCGCCCGUUGGUGACAUUUGUGCGAAAGUGAAGUGUGAGAACAACAAGGUAUCGGUACAGUACAGUGGUUCCGACAAAUGGCAUGUAUGCGAAGAUGGGAAAAUUGAAGUCACGGAUGGUCAGGAGUUCCAAAGUGGAAGUAUCUUGUGUCCCAACUACACUGAAGUAUGCAAUGACUUUUCUGAAGUUAAGGAUAUUAACUUCACAAUUGAAUAUGAUGAGGAUGAGAAAGAGCGAAUCAAGAAAGAGAAGGAACAGGAGAAAAACGAAAUGGAGGAAGAGGAAAAGCAACGCAGUGAAGCAGAAGCGGAAGCGGAUGAGCAAACCAGGAGAGAAUCACAACAGAGAGAAAAGGAAAGAGAGAAAGAGAAAGGCAAAGAAACUGCGAAACAACCCGAACCAUCCCCACCGACAGAUUUACAACAAGUACAGCAGUCCCACACACAACCCAAUCCGAGAGAAAACCCUACAUCAGAUGUGACCGUAGAACAUGGGGGUUCAGCUGUAGCUGGUAAUGCAAAUGGUACAUCACAUGUACCUACUGCACCAUCACAGGCAGAAGACCAAAGGGAUUCAGCAGGAGGGGGUAAAGAGGAGGUUGCUCUACCUCAUCCAGCUGUACCUGAGCCACAACUUGAGAGGGAGGAGAAACAAGCUCACGAGAACAGUAACAACAACAACACUGGUGGUCUACAACCGCAACAACCCACUUUAUCUGCACAAGAGAAUUCCAGUGAACCCGUCAAGAAGCCUGAAGUGGAAAAAAAACCCACCUCUGAGAUCUCCAAGCCUGUCGUAUCUGAACCCAUUGCUGUUUCGGAGGACACUCCUUCCAAAAAGGAGGAGGAUCACAACAAUACAACGGAAAACAUUGAACAAGUGCAAGAAACAAUAACAGAGUCUCCCUCACAAAAUGGGAACGAUGAAGGAAUAAAUACCACAGUUGAUACAACUCAUUCCCCAAACAGUCCUGCCACCGAUGAUGAGAAGGAAGGCGGUGUGAAUGCUGACAACAACACAACUAACACAACAACAUCAAGCAUACCAGAGAAUGUAAACGCAUCUGCUGCUCCUGCCACUUUGACGGAACUAAACAACACUCAGGUAGGACAAGUAAUAAACGAGGCGACCACCAUUGCUAUUGUGGGUGCUGACAGCAGUAUUGCCACUUCAUACCAAAUCCCUCUUUUGCUUAUUGUGUCUGCUCUGGUGGCUCUGGCAUCCCCAUGA